AUGGCAUCCUCUGAGCCUAAAGCACAAGACGUCACAAAUAUCGUAUCCGCGGAAGGGCCAAAUGAGAAACAUGGCCCCUCAGCGAGUGCGGUCGGCGUCGAUCCCACGCCGCAGGAGAUUCGGGAGCAACUGGGCGGCCAAGGCGACCAGAUACCUCCACUUGACGACAUACAGUAUGUCACAGACAGAGUUCGACUCCUGACGGUGGAAGAGUGCCAGAACAUUAAUACAAAAAUGUUGGAGGAUCACGCCAACGACUAUAACUUCUCGGAGCAACUUCGAGAGAAGCUGGCGACUCUGGCUCAAGGGCCUAGCAAUAAGCAGAGCUUGGACGACUGGGAGCUGCAGCUGAAAACGGAAACCGCGGUAAAUAGGUUCUUCUCGCCAUACCCAGAGGUGCGGGCCGUUGCUAUCCCAACCGACGACGUCAACAUGCCCUGCGAAACUAUUCGUUCUCACUUUUUGGGGCUCGCCUGGGCCGUCGUCGGUCAGUUCACCAACUCAUUGUUCAACUCUCGCUUCCCUUCAAUAGUUCUCUCUUCUCCUGUGACCCAACUACUGUUAUAUCCAUGCGGAUUGUUUCUCGCCAAAAUUUUACCAGACUGGGGCCUCACUGUUCGUGGCAAACGCGUCUCACUCAACCCCGGCCCGUGGACCUACAAGGAACAGAUGCUCUCGACUAUUAUUGUCAACGUCUCUCUGACCACCGCGUACUGCUUCUUCAACAUUCAGACCCAAACGGUCUACUACAAAGACCAAUGGCUCACCCCUGCUUACGGUAUUCUGCUGUUGCUCUCGACCCAGCUCAUGGGUCUCGGCUUCGCUGGGAUGCUUCGUCGAUUCGUCGUCUACCCUGUGGAGGCAUUAUGGCCAAGCAUUCUGCCGACAGUAGCACUCAACCGUGCUCUAUUAGUGCCAGAGAAGCAGGUGACGAUUAAUGGGUGGAGCAUAUCUCGAUAUAAAUUCUUCUUUGCCGUUUUUGCCGCCAUGUUGGUGUAUUUCUGGAUUCCAGGCUACCUAUUCACCGCACUCAGUACCUUUUCCUGGAUUUCGUGGAUCGCGCCCAACAACUUUCACCUCAAUAUCAUCACUGGCUCACAGCUUGGUUUGGGGUUUAACCCCCUCGCGUCUUUCGACUGGAGCGUAAUUGCGGCCUCUAGUCAGCCUCUGACAUAUCCCUUCUUCGCAACGCUGCAAUUCUUCAUAGGCGUUCUUCUCGCUGGCUUCAUCAUCAUUGGGGUGUAUUAUACGAAUACUCGUUGGACUGGCUACCUUCCGCCUAACUCGUCAGCCAUCUUCGACAACACUGGAGCAAGGUACAAUAUCUCAAAAGUGAUUGAGAACGGCAUUUUGGUGGAAGACAAAUACAAAGCCUACUCUCCGGUAUUUUACUCCGCUGCCAAUCUGGUUGGAUACACGGCUUUUUUCGCCUUCUAUCCGCUCACGAUAGUAUUCGUCACGCUUGACCUUUGGCGGCCUCUUCUGAAGACAUUCAAGACAAUGGCCACCUCGACAACGUCGUCUGUGAAACGGCAGCUCGUUAGUUUUAGGGACGCGACCCUUUUAAUUUCGAGUGGCCAGUUUCGAGAGGCUGGUCGGCGCUUGCGACAGGGUUUCGACGGAGAGGGCUCCAUAUACGACGGUUUCGAUGACCCCUUCACCGAGACGAUGAGGCACUAUCCAGAGGUUCCUGACUGGUGGUUCUUCUCCAUCGCCCUUUGCGCCUUUUUGUUCGCGAUCAUCAUCUUGUGCAACUGGCCCCAGCUCCAAACGCCGGUUUGGACCAUCUUUUUUGUCAUUGGGCUUAACCUGGUCUUUCUCAUUCCGUUGGCAUAUCUUUACUCUAUCUCGGGCACCCCUACUGGCCUGAACGUUGCAAGUGAGCUUAUAGUUGGGUAUGCUUUGCCUGGGCACCCAGAGGCCCUGAUGUUUGUCAAGGCUUUCGGAUACAUCAUCGGCACCCAAGCAGACAACUACGUUUCAGAUCAAAAGAUGGGCCUCUACGCUAGGAUACCUCCUCGUGCCAUUUACCGUGGCCAGUUGAUCAGUGCUAUCGUAUCAGCGAUCGUUUGUUACGGCGUCGUACAAUUCGUGGAUACCAUUCCGGACAUUUGUAGCCCUACUCAGGCCUCUAAAUUCACGUGUGCAAGUGGAUCACUUGUCUACUUCUCAUCAUCUAUUGUUUGGGGCGCCAUCGGGCCAAAGAGGACCUACUCGCAGAUUUACCCCGCCAUGCAAUACGGAUUCCUGCUCGGCUUCCUCCUGGCCGUUGUAUGGUGGGGUGCGAAGGCUUACGGGCCACGUUUCCGCCAGUUGUGCAAAGACACACUGCCGGCGCCAGUAUUUCUGCUGCUAAACACAACCGUCUUCACACCGGCCUCUUGGCUCAAGAACGUCCAUCCGUCAAUCGUCAUCACUGGUUUCCUGAUCUGGGCGCCGCUGAACCUAGCCUACUAUACCGGUGCCCUCUACCUAGCAUUUUAUUUCAUGUACUACCUCAAAAGGAACAAGACGGCGUGGUGGGAGAAGUAUACCUAUGUUUUAUCCGCAGCCUUGACGGGUGGGCUGGCGUUCUCUGCCAUUAUCAUGUUCUUUGCAGUCCAGUAUUACCCCAAGGAACUCCACUGGUGGGGUAACGAUGUCAAUGGAAACACCAUUGACGGCGGCGCUGGGCGGACCGCGCUGCUGCCGGUCCUGCCCGAUAAAGGGUACUUUGGUCCCGAUUCUUGGUAUUGA